AUGGGAAUGCUAUUUUUUAGUGUCUCAAAGUCCCAAAUGCGGUGAUUGUACACCGUGGUCUCAAAGCAGAGAAAAGUGAGGUUAUGUAAAUAACUGUUUACAUUUUUUACCAAGUUACUCCAUGAAUUUCUUCAAAGUAGUUUCACAUUGAAUGUAGCUUUUCUGCAACAAAUAAUAGUUGUCACAUUUUGUGAAGUUUCAGAUUUUUAGAUGUCUGAAUCUAUGGAUAGUUCUAACGUUUAUGAAACUAGUAAUACUUCCUUAAAUAAUUCAACAAGCGAACAAGUAGUUACGAAAGAGAAAAAGGCAUCAUGUAUCAUUGUUCUUGGGAUGGCUGGAUCUGGAAAAACUACAUUUGUUAAACGACUUGUUUCGGUACUAUACAAUGUAGGAAAACCAUAUGUAAUAAAUUUAGAUCCUGCAUGUAAAGAGGUUCCAUACCCUGCUAACAUAGAUAUAAGAGAUACUGUUAAUUACAAAGAAGUGAUGAAACAAUAUAGUUUAGGACCAAAUGGUGGUAUUGUUACUGCUUUAAAUUUAUUUUCCACAAAAUUUGAUCAGGUCAUAGACCUCAUUGAUAAAGCUAGUAAGGAACACGAGUAUAUAAUUUUGGAUACACCAGGACAGAUAGAAGUAUUCACAUGGUCUGCAAGUGGUACAAUCAUAACAGAAGCUUUGGCAUCUCAGUUUCCAACAAUUGUGGUAUAUGUACUAGAUACUGUGAGAAGCGUUAAUCCUGUAACAUUUAUGUCCAAUAUGCUGUAUGCAUGUUCUAUACUGUAUAAAACUAAAUUACCAUUUAUUGUUGCUAUGAAUAAGAUUGAUAUUGUGGAACAUAGUUAUGCAGUAGACUGGAUGCAAGACUUUGAAGCAUUUCAAGAUGCUUUGGAUGCAGAAACAAGCUAUAUUAGUAAUUUAACGCGUAGUAUGGCACUGACACUCGACGAAUUUUAUUGUCAUCUGCGUAGUUGCGGUGUUUCAGCUGCUACAGGGGCUGGCAUUACAAAAUUUUUAGAACUUGUUAAAGAUGCUGUAGAGGAGUAUGAACGGGAUUACAAAGUGAACUGGGAACAAGUGAAAAUUAAAAGGGACGCUCAGAGGUCUGAGGCAGAAAAAGAAAAAUUGCAGCAAGCAGCGCAAAAUGUUGCAGGGGAAACUAUACCGUUUGUAUCAACAAUCAAUAGCGGAAGAGAAAUUUCAGAUAUAUAUCUAAAGCAUGCUGGAAAUGAAUCAAGCGAGGACGAGGAAGGAACAGAAAAUCCGUAUAAUAAUGAAGAAGAAGAUGAAAACAAAGAAACAGAGUCGUUUAAAAACUUUCUAGAUAGGCACAAAAUAGAACAAAAUAAACGUACAUCUAAUCAACCAACUACGAGCCAUGAGCCAUGAUGUAUAAUGUAAAAACGUAAUUUUUAUAUUUACAAAUAAAUUUUUGUACCAACAUAUAA